CGAAAGGACAGCCGCGAUUGGAGGAAAAAUACAUUCACGGUUGGCGGCUGGCGCGGGAGGUGGAGUUGUUACGAGACGCGACGAUAAGAUGGCGGCAGAGGCAGUAGAGCUCCAUAAGCUGAAGCUUGCUGAACUGAAGCAAGAAUGUUUAGCCCGAGGCCUAGAGGCAAAAGGAAACAAACAGGAUCUCAUCAACAGACUUCAGACCUAUCUUGAACAACAUGCUGAGGACGAAGCAAAUGAAGAAGAUGUCUUGGGUGAAGAAACCGAGGAAGAAGAACAGAAGCCAGUAGACACUCCUAUCAAAGAAGAAGUGCCUAUGGAAAAAUCAUCAGAAGUGGGCACAGAAAAGAAAGUGGUGAAAAUUACUUCAGAAAUUCCACAGAUGGAGAGAAUGCAGAAACGGGCAGAGAGAUUCAAUGUUCCUGUGAGUUUGGAGAGUAAGAAGGCUGCAAGAGCAGCUCGGUUUGGUAUACCUACAGCUCCCGCUAAAGGUCUAGCUGCAGAUAGUAAGACUACAGUAAAUAUAGACAAAUUAAAGGAAAGGGCUCAACGAUUUGGCUUGAAUGUCUCUGCAAUCUCCAAAAAGACUGAAGAUGAUGAGAAGCUCAAAAAGAGAAAGGAGAGAUUUGGUAUUGUAACAAGCUCAGCUGGGGCAGGAACCACAGAGGACACAGAGGCAAAGAAAAGAAAAAGAGCAGAACGUUUUGGCCUCGUCUGAUCCUCGUCUUAGUGCUUACCUGUUUGGGAUGUGUCUUUUACACAUUCUCGUUCUACAUACCUAAUAAGAAAUACAGGUUUCUUCCUCACACAGAUGUUAGCUUUGCAUUUUAAAAGUAGCUGUUCAAUUGUGCCCUUCCUCUUUGGACUUGUACAUGAAACAUGUUUUGGAGUAUAGAAUAAAAGUGUUCUUUUUGAA